AAAUCUCGCUGGUUGAGGUCAAUAUCAUAUAUAUUUAUUUUUAUUCAAAAAAAUUAUAAAAUUAUCUCUUAGACACUUUACAUUUUCAAAAACUUCAUUUUUACAAAUAAAAACAAUGUACAUACUUACACAAAAACUUGAAAAAAUUUUUGAUAAGAAAAUAUUAUUAUCGUCAUUUCGACAAUACGCUUUAUUCUUUUCAUUCAUUUAUUUUAUAUCAGUUAUCAUAUUAUUGUAUUACAUUCCUUCAGAUAACCUUAAAACAGAACCAAAUUAUAAUGAUGGAAUUAUAAUUUCAAAUCAAAAUUUACAACAAAUUUCUAGAAAAAUUCCUUUAUAUACUAUAAACAUAUCAAAUAAUACAGUUAUUGGAUCAAUAAGAAUUUCUUCUUCAAAAGAGGAGAAUAAUAAAUUCGAAUUAUCUGGUUUUUUAUAUUUUACUUAUAAUAAAUCAAAUAUAUAUAAUAUGAAAUAUAUUUUGGUAUCAGGUGAAUCUUGUCAUAAUUGGAAUAAUAUUACACAAGAUAUCUCUAAUAAAGUUAUUUUUAAAUCUCGUCAUCAAGGAACAAAGAUUUUCAAAAAGAUUAGAGAAAUAUCUUUUGAAUCAAAUAAGAUCGAAUCGGCAAGUCAUUUUGUUAUUAUACAGAAUUUUAGACGUAAUUAUAGACAAAUAGCUUGUAAUUCACUAAAUAAUGCGUCUAAAACGAACACUUUUUAGGUUAAUUUAGAUAGAAAUAUAUUUUAAUUAUUUUAAUUUAUUAUGUAGUUUAAAAAGAAACAGUUAAUAAAAUGUUCAUGUUAUCACGUGGUUUACAUGUGUGAAAUC